GGCUAAUAUAUGAGAGGCCCUCUUUCUUCCUCUACCAAAAAAGAUAACUUCACUUCUUUCUACCACAAUUUAUUCCACUCUCUUUCUCCAAAAACUUCAAUUCCCAUUUGCAGGCAAAAGCUUCUUCCAUGGCUUCAAUUUCAGCAGCUUCUGCCACUGCUGCUGCUGCAGCUUCUACAAAGCUUAAUACCAGUGGUGGUGUUCUUCCUUCAAAUUCCACAAAAUCCUCUAAGCUUAUCCUUUCAUCUUCUUUUACACCAACCCCAUCAACCCUUUUCCUCCAUUCAGCAGCCACCACUACUACUAAUACUACUUCUUCCACCCGCCACCGCCGGUUUACUGUCCGAGCUGCUCGUGGUAAAUUCGAACGGAAGAAACCCCAUGUCAAUAUUGGUACAAUUGGCCAUGUUGACCAUGGGAAAACCACACUUACAGCUGCUUUGACCAUGGCGCUUGCUUCUCUGGGUAACUCAGCCCCGAAAAAGUAUGAUGAAAUUGAUGCUGCCCCUGAAGAAAGGGCUCGUGGGAUUACUAUUAAUACUGCCACAGUGGAAUAUGAAACUGAGAAUAGGCAUUACGCCCAUGUGGAUUGCCCGGGUCACGCUGAUUAUGUCAAGAACAUGAUUACUGGUGCUGCCCAGAUGGAUGGAGCUAUACUUGUUGUUUCAGGGGCUGAUGGUCCAAUGCCGCAGACUAAGGAGCAUAUUUUGCUUGCUAAGCAAGUGGGUGUCCCUAAUAUGGUUGUUUUCUUGAACAAACAAGACCAAGUUGAUGAUGAGGAGUUGCUUCAGCUUGUUGAGUUGGAGGUAAGAGAGUUAUUGUCAAGUUAUGAGUUUCCUGGUGAUGAUAUUCCUAUUCAUUCUGGUUCUGCCCUUUUGGCUUUGGAGGCUUUGAUGGCUAAUCCUAGUAUUAAAAGGGGUGAUGAUCAAUGGGUUGAUAAGAUUUAUGCAUUAAUGGACUCUGUUGAUGAAUAUAUUCCUAUCCCACAAAGACAAACUGAAUUGCCUUUCUUGAUGGCUAUUGAAGAUGUGUUUUCUAUUACCGGUAGAGGUACAGUGGCUACAGGGAGAGUGGAGAGAGGGACUGUUAAGGUUGGGGAAAUUGUUGAUAUAGUUGGAUUGAAGGACACUAGGAACACUACAGUGACAGGGGUUGAGAUGUUUCAGAAGAUAUUGGAUGAAGCAAUGGCAGGAGAUAAUGUGGGGUUGUUGUUGAGAGGUAUUCAGAAGAUCGAUAUUCAAAGAGGAAUGGUGUUGGCAAAACCUGGAACAAUUACUCCACACACCAAGUUUGAAGCUUUGGUGUAUGUGUUGAAGAAGGAAGAAGGUGGCAGGCAUUCCCCUUUCUUUGCGGGUUAUAGGCCACAGUUUUACAUGAGGACAACUGAUGUGACUGGAAAGGUUACUGCUAUUAUGACUGACAAAGGAGAGGAAUCUAAGAUGGUCAUGCCUGGUGAUCGCGUAAACAUGGUGGUUGAGCUCAUUAUGCCGGUUGCUUGUGAGCAAGGCAUGAGGUUCGCUAUUAGGGAAGGAGGAAAGACUGUUGGAGCUGGUGUUAUUCAGAAAAUCUUAGAAUGAUGAACUUGCAGCUGAGCAUCUCUCUUCACAAAUGGUCGGAUUUUUUCCAUUGGUUAAUUAAUCCAUUGUCAUAUAUGCGACUUUUUGGUUACAUUUAUUAUGUCUUAGAAUCUUACUUUAGUUGAAUUAUCUUGUUUUAUCUCCCAAUUCUACUGAACUUUUGGAAAUUUUCCUGUCUCUUGUUUCACUUUUCAUUUGCUUGAAAGAAAUGAUAUCAUUUGCUCUCA